CUCAGCUCGCAACGGGGGUGGGGAGAGGGUCGGUCCACGCCUGCGCGGUAGCGGGUUGGGCCCGGCUACGUAGUGUGCGCAGCUGCCGGCGUAGCGUGGAGCCGCAGAUGGAGCCUCCCUCCGGCGCAGCAGAGAAUUCUAAGCUGAGACAUGUAGAAAAAGAUGUCUUGAUUCCACAGAUAAUGAGAGACCGAGCUAAGGAGCUGUGUUCAGAUAAAGUGCGAGCAUUUACUAAAUGCUGCAAAGAAACUGGUUUUCUUAUGGUGGUGAAGUGUCGGGAAGAGAACACAGCACUGAAAGAUUGCCUCGUUGGCUACUAUUCUGAUCCAUCAUUCUAUGAAGAAUGCAAAGCAGAAUAUUUGAAGCAAAGAGAAGAAUACAGAGCAACUGGAAUUAAGAAAAAAAGGCAAAAGAUUACUUCAAAUAUAUAGUUAAAAUUUAAAAUGAACUGUUACAGUUUUAUAUCCAACUUAAUGAUUUGACUUGAUUUAAACAGACUUUGAAAUCAUCAGUAUCUUGUGGUAAAAUUUAGCAGCAAGUCAGUAAAAGAAAUAUCUCUGAAGCUGAAGGUUCUCAUUUUCUGUACUCAAGUUUAUAAUGCAUGCAAUUUCUCUUGCAAACCUUGACAGCAAAAACCUGCUCCUCCAUCUGGACUUGAGAUUUUGUUACCAAUUAACAAACAGCCUUUUGAAAUUUCAAGCUUGUAUCUAGUUAUACGUGGCAGGCUACAUAAAAAUUUAAGGGUGAACAAAUGUGAGGUAUAUAUGAAAACUAGUCUCUUCAUCACCUGACAUUGAAAGUACCUGGAAAUAUUUUUGAUGCUCUUACUAGAUGUGUGGUAAAUGCAGAAGACAAGACCUUCUUGGACCAAUUUACUUUUUCAUGAAAGCACUGAGUUGUAAGAGCUCAAUAUUGCUUCUACCUGCACUGUGACUUAAAUUCUGAGAUUACAAUAUGAAAAGAGAUGGAUGUUUCAUGUCUUUGUAUGGCACAACUGACUGCUUCAGCUUCAGAGUCAGCUCCAGAGGAGAACUCAAGAGUUGUCCCAUACGGCCUUUCCUUGAGAGUAGGAACAGGGCAAGAAAUCACUGAGAAAUGUCUUCCCCCACUAUCAUUUUUUCAUCAUGAAGAUUAUAUACACUUCCAUACUUCAGGAGCGACCACACUUGCACAAUGAUUAUGGAUGAGUAAACAAGUGAACUACAUUCUUAAGAUGCAGGUCAGUUUUUAAACAUCUAUUAAUACUGUUGCAAAAACUAACCAUAAACAAGGCCCUAUAUGGAAAGGGACAAGGAUUUCUUGCAUACAGAUACUUAAAACUGCAUAAUUGUAGACCACUAAGUAGUAUGAGUAUGGAAAGGCCACACACAGGGUAUUUGUUCACAUAGUGAAUUUCUUGUCACGAUAUUAAAAAUGAAAUAGAAAUAUCUUUUUCCUAAUUAAUAAAUUUUGGAACAUUUGCAUUUAA